CACACACAAGAUGGCGGACCGCAGCAGCAGCUCCUCCACAACAGAAAGGCCGACUUAGUGAAACUUCUCCCGGACUUUGUUAAACUUCACUUUUCCCGCUCGGACCGGAGACAUGAGCGGCCCCCGCCGCCUGUGACGGCUCGUUGACCGGCUGUGUGAAUCUCUCCCCGUGAUGUUUCGGUGAAUCUGCCGCCUGCUGAAGCGGACUUUAGUCGUUUUCUCCAAACCGAGGAGGUCAGACGCGGGUCUUCCAACAUGGCGGCAGCGUCGUACGACCAGCUGCUGAGACAGGUGGAGGUGUUAAAGAUGGAGAACUCCAACCUGCGACAGGAGCUUCAGGACAACUCCAACCACCUGACCAAACUGGAGACUGAAGCCUCAAACAUGAAGGAAGUGCUGAAGCAGCUGCAGGGCACCAUAGAAGAAGAGUCUGGAGAGGCGUCUGGCUCUCAGCUGGAACUCAUCGAAAGAUUGAAGGAGAUGAGCCUGGACUCUGGAGGUUUUAAGAGCAGGUCGAGGCCUCCUCUGCCCUCCUCAUCCUCCUCCAGCUCGGCCUCUUCUGGCUCUGGAGCUCCAGGAGGAGCGGCCGGAGGCUCCGGAGCUCCAGGCCCCCUCACAACUGCUGCUUUCCCCAGGAGGGGGCUGCCGUCUGUGGGCAGAGACAGCCACGACCGCUGCCUGGAGGAACUGGAGAAGGAGAGGUCACUCCUAUUGGCUGAGCUAGAGAAAGAGGAGAAGGAGAAGGACUGGUACUACGCUCAGCUGCAGAAUCUCACAAAGAGGAUCGACAGUCUGCCUCUCACGGAAAAUUUCACUCUGCAGACGGACAUGAGUCGCCGUCAGCUGGAGUUUGAGGCUCGUCAAAUCCGUUCGGCGAUGGAGGAACAGCUGGGCUCCUGUCAGGAGAUGGAAAGGAGAGCUCAGGCCCGCGUGUCUCGUAUUCAGCAGAUAGAGAAGGACAUCCUGAGACUGGGAGCCUGCCUGCAGGUAGAGGAAGCUCAGGGGGCGAGUGACAGCAGCGGAUUGGCUGGCGCUCAGAGCUCUGGUAGCCGAUUGGACCAUGAGCCAGCCAGUGAGGCGAGCUACUCUGUGCCACGACGAAUCACCAGCCACCUGGGAACCAAGGUGGAAAUGGUGUACAGUCUUCUGUCCAUGUUGGGGACUCACGAUAAAGAUGACAUGUCGCGGACGCUGCUCGCCAUGUCGAGCUCACAGGACUCGUGCAUCGCUAUGCGUCAGUCCGGCUGUCUGCCGCUGCUCAUCCAGCUGCUGCACGGCAAUGACAAGGACUCGCUGUUGCUAGGUAACUCUCGUGGCAGCAAAGAGGCUCGUGCACGUGCGUCCGCGGCGCUGCACAACAUCGUUCACAGUCAGCCCGAUGACAAGAGAGGUCGUCGCGAGAUCAGGGUGCUCCACCUGCUGGAGCAGGUGCGUCAUUACUGCGAGGCGUGUUGGAGCUGGCAGGAGAACCAUGAGAGGGGCGUUGACCAGGAGGACAACCCCAUGCCAUCUCCAGUGGAGCAUCAGAUCUGUCCUGCCGUCUGCGUCCUCAUGAAACUGUCCUUUGAUGAAGAGCAUCGACAUGCCAUGAACGAACUCGGUGGUCUGCAGGCGGUGGCGGAGCUGCUGCAGGUGGACUGUGAGAUGUUUGGUCUGAGCAGCGAUCAUUAUAGCGUGACGCUGCGGCGAUAUGCCGGCAUGGCGCUCACCAACCUCACCUUUGGAGAUGUAGCCAAUAAGGCCACGCUGUGUUCCAUGAAGGGCUGUAUGAGAGCGAUGGUCGCACAGCUGAAGUCUGACAGCGAAGACCUGCAGCAGGUGAUAGCGAGCGUGUUGAGGAACUUGUCGUGGCGUGCUGACGUCAACAGUAAGAAAACGUUACGCGAGGUCGGCAGCGUACGAGCGCUGAUGGGCUGUGCCCUCGAGGUCCAGAAGGAGUCGACUCUGAAGUCGGUCCUGAGCGCACUGUGGAACCUGUCGGCUCACUGCACGGAGAACAAGGCGGAUAUCUGCGCGGUGGACGGCGCUCUGGCGUUCCUGGUGGGAACGCUGACACACCGCAGCCACACAAACACGCUCGCCAUCAUUGAGAGCGGCGGCGGUAUCCUGCGCAACGUCUCCAGCCUCAUCGCCACCAACGAGGCGCACAGGCAGAUCCUGCGUGAGCAUGGCUGCCUGCCGACUCUGCUGCAGCACCUGAAGUCUCACAGUUUGACCAUUGUCUCCAACGCCUGCGGGACGCUCUGGAAUCUGUCGGCCAGAGACGCCAAAGACCAGGAGGCGUUAUGGGAGCUGGGUGCUGUGGGCAUGCUGCGCAACCUCAUCCACUCCCGCCAUAAAAUGAUCGCAAUGGGCAGCGCCGCUGCCCUGCGCAACCUGAUGGCCAACCGGCCGGCGCGGUACAAGGACGCCAGCGUGGUGUCACCGGGCGCCGGUGCCCCAUCGCUGCACGCCCGCAAACAAAAAGCAUUAUUUGAGGAGUUGGAUGCCCAACAGCUGUCAGAGACUUUCGACAAUAUUGACAACCUGAGCCCCAAGGCGGCACAUAGGAAGGGGCGGGGCUGUAACGGGGCAGGAGGAGGGAGUACAACGCGUUCGUACGCCAACACGCCGGUGCUUUCCAGCCCAAAGAAUGGAGAUGGAUCAAAGAGGACAAGCGAGGAAGCGCCGUACGCUCGGCCGGUGUUCCCGCCCAGCGUCAGAGCGUCCAGCGACAGCCUCAACAGCGUGACGAGCGCCGACGGUUACGGCAACCGCGGCAAGACCAAACCGUCGUCGGAGCCCUUCUACUCGUCAGAUGAGAGCGGCGCCAACAAGUGCUGCGUCUACAGGAAGUACCCGGCUGACCUGGCGCACAAAAUCCGCAGUGCCAAUCACAUGGCGGACGAUGACGGCGCUGAGCUGGACACACCCAUUAAUUACAGCCUGAAGUACUCUGACGAACAGUUGAAUUCUGGGAGACAGAGUCCGAGUCACCGCGGUGGCAUCGAGAGUGACGAGGACAAUGAACAGGAUGCCAGGCUGAGGAGGAGGAACGAGGGCGGUGACUCGGCAACGACCAAGAGCCACAUGCCGUCUGUCCCGCCGGCGCGUUACGUUGUUGCCACGGCAACAUCAAAUUACGGCGGCGACUCGACAGGCGAGCAGCCGAUCGACUACAGCUUGAAGUAUGGCGCCGACGCUGCUCGGAAACCGCUGUUUAAGCCGGAAGAGACUACUGCCCAAUCUGCCCCCCCUCCCCCGUCAUCCUCUGGCAACAAGAUCCGCCCCCCUCCGCACUCGGCCAAUCGGGCAGUGCCAAAAGGCAACCAGGAGUCGACGCAGACGUACUGUGUGGAGGACACGCCCAUUUGCUUCUCCAGAGGCAGCUCGCUCUCCUCGCUGUCGUCAGAGGAGGAAGAGGAGGAAGGCGAUGUCAUCGGGCGAAGGAGAGGAGGGAGCAUCGUUACUGGCUGCGUGGGCGGCAGCAACGACUACCCGACACUUCCUGUCAGCGAGAAAGAUGCACACGAGCAACAGCAGAGGCAACAGAAGGAGGCGGAGAGCCAGACCGCCACUGCUGCCACCGUUCCCUCCACACGGGGAAGACGAGGGCAUCACCACCAUCACGGUCAUGCCCAUCACCACCAUCACCACCACGUGACAUCCUCUUCAGGCGCCAGGACUCCCAAGAGUCCUCCCGAGCAGCCGUAUGCUCAGGAGACGCCGCUGAUGUUCAGCCGCUGCACGUCUGUCAGUUCCCUUGAUAGCUUCUCCACUUCAUCCAUUGCCAGCUCCGUGCGCUCCAGCGAGCCGUGCAGCGGCGUGCCGAGUGGCGUGGUCAGCCCCAGCGACCUGCCCGACAGCCCGGGACAGACCAUGCCACCGAGCCGCGCCAAGACGCCGCCGCUGCCGCCGCCAACGCAGAAAACGAAGGAGCAGGAAAAGGCCAAGAAGAAGGACGAGGAGGAGAGCAGCGUCGACGUCCUGCUGCACUUUGCUACGGAGAGCACGCCGCAUGGCUUCUCCCGAGCGUCCAGUUUGAGCGCGCUCAGUCUGGACGAACCUUACAUUGCAGCAGAGAUGAAGAAGAAGGAGGAUGAAGACGGAAGGAACGAGGUGACGGAGGUGGAGGCGCCAAAACCGAUCCUCGAUGAAUCGGAUGAUGAUGACGACAUCGAGAUCCUGGAGGCCUGCAUCAACAUGGCCAUGCCCAAGUCGUCACGGAAACCAAAGAAACCACAACAAGCGCCGCCGCGGAAACCCAGCCAGCUUCCCGUUUACAAGCUCCUCCCGCCCCAAAGCUGCGCCCAGUCACAGCCACGGAAGGAUGUGCCCCCACCGCCGGAGGAGGUGCCAAGAGUUUACUGUGUGGAGGGAACACCGCUCAACUUCUCCACCGCCACCUCGCUCAGUGACCUCACCAUUGACUCUCCACCCAAUGAGGAGGCGACGGCGGCUGCCAUAUCUGUAGGCCCUCCCACCGCUGCUCAAGGGAGGCGGGCUGGACUUCCCGAGGGCGAGAACGGCGAUGACAUUCUCGCGGAGUGUAUCAGUGCUGCUAUGCCCAAAGCCAAACCCAGAAAACCAAUCAGAGCUGUGGCGAACAGCGAGCACCUCCAGGCACCGCCCCUUCCCCCACCGCUCCCCCCUCCGGCCCCGCCUCCUCUUGGCCCACAGCAGCAAAAGAAGAAGCCGACAUCGCCCGUGAAGCCAAUGCCCCAGCGGGCGUUGUACAGCGUUGCCGCAGCAUCGGCUGCCAAAGCAAAACCAGGAUUUGCCUUUGACUCACCACGCCACUACACGCCCAUCGAAGGUACGCCAUGCUGCUUCUCACGCAACGACUCGCUGAGCUCGCUCGACUUCGAUGAAGACGACGGUGGGGAGAAGGACGAAGAGAAGAAAAUUAAAGAAGAGGAAGGGAGGAAGAGGAAGCAGCAGACGGCGGCAGUCUUCCCCCGAACAAAACCCGUGACCAAUCCGACAGCGACGGACGAAAAGCAGAAGUUUGCCAUCGAGGACACGCCCGUCUGCUUCUCCAGGAACUCGUCUCUGAGCUCGCUGAGCGACAUCGACCAGGAGAACAACAACAAGGAGUUCGCACCGCCGCAGCCGCCCGAGCAACAGGACGGAGGCAAAGCAGGAAAAAAGUCUCCUCCUCCUCCAUCACAGGCCGAGUCAAAGCCCCGCCCGCCCGCAGCCAGUGUCUACGCCCCCAAAGCGUUUCACGUGGAAGACACGCCCGUCUGCUUCUCCAGGAACUCGUCGCUCAGCUCGCUGAGCAUCGACUCGGAGGACGACCUGCUGCAGGAGUGCAUCAGCUCCGCCAUGCCCAAGAAGAAGAAGAAAGCCACUGCAGUCACCGCCUCCGCCGCCGCCGCCGCACCGCUUCCUGUUCCCAAAGCCGACGACGGCAUUCUGGCCGAGGAGGAGCCUUCGGAGGCACCGAAAAGCCCCGCCUCCCCUGACUCUGAAUCCUUUGAUUGGAAGGCGAUCCAGGAAGGCGCCAACUCCAUCGUCAGCAGCUUGAAUGCUGCGGCAGCUGCCGCCUCGUCGCUUUCCCGCCAACCGUCAUCAGACUCUGACUCAGUCCUGUCCCUGAAAUCUGUCGGCUCGCCAUUCCGCCUGCCUGCAACCAAUAACAACGCAGAGAAAGAGGAGGUGGAGGAGAAGGAUGAGGCGAUGGGGAAGCGAGGAGCGAGGAUCCUGAAAGCUGGAGAACACACCACGCUCGAGGCCAAGAAGAAGAAGCAGGAGGAAGAGGAGGAGGAGGAGGCGAAGGUGGUGAGAGGUGGGAAAAAGGUGUAUCGGAGCCUGAUUACAGGUAAGCCGAGGGUCGAGCCGGCGGCCAGGGGGCGGAGCAAACCCAGAGCGGUAGCUGUGGCCAAAGCUCCAGGAAGCAGCGAUUGUGCUGACAGAGGCUCCUCUCGGGACUCCACACCAUCUCGCACUUCCACGCCCAAUCAGAAAGGAGGGAAGCUGUCGCAGCUGCCGCGCACGGCAUCUCCAGGAAGCGCAUCAUCAUCAUCGUCAUCAGCCUCCAGACCGGCCAAACAGAGCGGGGCAUCGAGGAACAGCGGCGGGGGCAUCCCGAGGAGCGAGUCCGCUUCGAGAGUCAGCGGCUCCACGGCGGCUAAGAAGCAGAAGGCGGAGCCGGAGAAGCCAGCGCUCGUCCGUCAGUCGACCUUCAUCAAAGAAGCGCCGAGUCCGACGCUCAAGAGGAAGCUGGAGGAGUCUGCGGCUGUGGCAGCGGCGGCGUUAGAGUCGCCAUCCAGCCCCGAUAUGCCGCUGCCAUUGGCAACCAGGAGACACGACGCCAACCGCUCCCACUCAGAGAGCCCGUCACGCCCGCAGGAAGUGACAUCAUCACGGUUCAGCCGCACCGGCACCUGGAAGCGGGAAAAUGGCAGCGGGGGAGGAGGAGGGAGCGGCAGUAAACACUCAACAUCGCUACCACGUGUGGGGACGUGGAAGAGGACGGGAAGCUCUUCGUCGGUGCUGUCGGCGUCAUCAGAGUCCAGCGAGAAGGGGCGGAGCGAGGAGGAAAGCACCGUGAGGUCAAAGGGAACGUGGAGGAAGGUGAAGAGCGGCGGCGGCGGCGACUCAUCGACCGGGCGGAGCUUCACUGACAAAUCAGAAGACGUGUGGGUUCGUCUCGAGGACUGUCCCGUCAACAACCCGCGGUCCUCCUCUUCCUGUUCGGCCCGCUCUCCCACUUCAGCUAAUGUCCCGCCUGUCAUCGACAGCCCCACCCCUUCCAAAAUCCCCUCCUCCUCCUCUUCCUCCUCCUCUAACCUCAAUCUGCGGCGGAGCUGCGAGAGCCUCGACGACAAGCCGCAGCCCGAACGCCAACAGCGCAGCCAGCAGCGCAGCGGCACCGUGGCGGCUCGAGUGAGCCCCUUCAACUACACCCCGAGCCCGAGGAAGAGCAGCGCCGAUGUCAGCACUACAGCCACGCCCACCACCACGACGUCGUCAUCAACCACCCCCACACGACCUUCACUCAUCCCCACCCCCGUCACCAAAAAACGUGAGCCAAAGGGCGGAGAAGGUGCCGGCGGCGGCAGCGGUGGCGGUGAAAGGGGCUCGUACAUCGUGACGUCAGUGUGACAGAAACAGGAAGAAGAAUCUGGAAGUAGUCGGACACCGAUUGGCCGCCACAGCUGGGACGGCUGACGAACGGAGGACGUGUAAAUAUGAACGGAGAAAUGUCAGAAAGUGUUUGUGGACUGAACUGUACAGGAAGUCUGUAUUUAAGUGCUAGCCCCGCCCACCUCGCCUCCCUCCUCUCCCCUCACUGGCUUCUCUCACCUGUCAGUCAAGCUUCUUCAUUUAACGAGAGAAAACUUUAAAAAUGAACUUUUUAUGUUUUUAUACCACUAAAAUGAUGUGUAGCGCUUAGCCCCGCCCCCUCUGCCUGUGUCCCCGCAUGGUCCCGCCUCCUACCUUAACAAUGACCGUUACCAUGGUGACAUGAUGAUGAUGAUGAUGAUAACAAUGAUAAUGUUUUCGCUAGUUGUAGCGUCUGAGCUGAUUAUUGGGAAGUUUUCAUGUUUUUGUUGGUUUUGUUUCUUUUUUAAUCGAGUUUGGUUCUGAAAACUGAAAAAUUUCUUCUGUCGUCGGUAAAAUUUGAUUAAUUUUCUUCACGCUGAGACAGUUUAGUUGGUCAGAUGGAUGUAAAAACCUUUUUCAGAACCUCACUCACACAAUCUGCAUUUAUUCCAGAGGGGGGAACACUUCCUGCUCUGCAUUGCCUUGGAAACAAAUAACACUGUAAAACGUAAGUUAUUGCUGUAAAACCUUAAAACCUUUUAACUUUUAAGCACAUAAUUUAAAAAUGAUUUUUGCCAAAAAAAAAAAGUUUCCACGGUGUUUAUUCAUGGCUGUAACUUGAUUUUCACUGUUUUUAUGUUGAAGCUGGAGGAAAUUUAAAGGCAAAAACGUUUUUUGGUGAAAUGUUAAACAGAUAAUGAACAAUAAAAUUCAACGUUUUAGGU